AUGAAAGCCCUUAGUGGAGACACAAAACUCUCCGGAUUUCAUUCAGCCGAGGUGAAGACGCUCUACAACCAAAACGGCGAAUUAAAAAUCAACGAUAUUGUCGAUAGCGAAGACGCGAUUAUUCACAAGACUAACGGAACCGCAUCUGUUGAAGUAAUCCCUGACAAUAUGGAAUUUCCUCUUGCAAGAAACGAUGAAAGCCGAACUGUUUCCCUUUUGACAAACCUGCCUCUUGGAGUCAAUGAAAACGGUCUCAAUUUGUUCCACGAUAAGACUCUUUCAGUGAGCGACGAAGGUUUGACUGUAAAUUUUCCCCCAACGGAUCUAGAAGAUCUUCAAGAACCUUUAUCAAGAGACGAUGAAGGACUCAAAUUAAAUUUUGAUGAUUCAUUGGAGGUCAAUAAUGGCAAAUUGAAAGUUAUCAAAGAGCCUUUGACAGCCCCGUUGACGCGGGGCAUCAGCGGAAUCUCUUUGGACUUUGAUUCGACCUUGACAGUUGAAAACGGUCAGUUGUCUGUUGUUCAAGAAAAUGUUGAAGCGAUUGUUGACGAGGCUGUUCGAGUAGAAGUUCCGCUUUCGAAAGAUGCAGAUAAGGCCAUCCGCCUCGAUUAUGGGAAGGGUUUGAAACUUGAAGACAAUAAAUUGGAAACCGACGUUGAUACAGUGAUUGUUGGACGAGGGGCUAUUUCGAAUGAUAAAGCAGGAAGUCUUGCACUCGAUGACCUUCUAGAGACCGGUUUCGAUUCUCUAGCGGACUUUUUGGGAUCAGAAACUGAUGUUGAUACAACUGUUGUGCGUUUGAAGACAUCUGAUGAUUUUCAACAGACUGGCAACAAAUUGGCUAUCCGCUCGAAAGUAAAUCCGUCGGCUAUCGUCGACAAUAAAGGUGUUCGCAUCGUCAAUGAUAAAAUUGCGAUAGGACUAACUUUUCAACCUGGAAAUGGCGGAUUGAAAUUAGAGAAUUCGAAUCAAGUGAAACUCGCUCCAUCUGUCUCAGGUUCAAUCACAUUCGAUGGUAACAACACGUUCGGUGAGAAACUCACAGCAAGUAACGGAGUUAAACGCAUAGAAAAUGAUUUGCAGUUGGAUUUACAGGCUGGUGAUUCGACUGUUACGGUGACAGGCAAUUCAAUAAAAGGUGCCUAUACUGGAUCUAAUGGAGUGUCAGUUACGGGAAACACUAUUUCCGGCGCCUACACGGCUGGAAACAACAUAUCCAUUUCGGGGUCAAGCAUCAGUUGCACAUAUCAACCAGAACCGGAAACACCCACGGUAAUUACCGGCGCUUUACCUAUCAUUGUUACUGGGGCGGAUAAGGAAUUCAACGUGUCUAAGCAGCCUUUGGUUAUAACAGGGGGCUCCGGAAUCCUCGUUGUUGGCUCCGAGGAAACCGGUUUCAAUAUCUCUUCAAUUCAGCCCUACAAGAACCGGAAAGAAGAUGAUGAUCCGGAAGAGAAAAAUGAGGAUUCGGAGCCCAGUGGCGAAUCUGAUCCUUUAACAGCAUCUGGAUCUAAUCCCGUAGUCUCCGUUACCGGACCCCUUUCCACAAUCCUUGGAGGCGCGGUUGGUCUCAUUGGCCCUGCGGCUGGCGCUCCAUUUGCCACAUCUGCUAUCGGUAGCGUCGGGGGUCUUCUUGGAGGACCUGCUGCAGCAGCAGGAAUCCUUGGUGGUUUCAUCGCUGCAAGUGGUCGACAAAGAAAGAAUCAGAAAGACGCAAAUGGCAACAAUAGAUACAUCUAA